AAAGACAGAGCACCGCUCUUUUAAGAAGCCGUGCGCACUGGGGGCGGAUCUUCUCUCUUGCGUGAUGACGUCUCCACGCAGCGGUGCCGCCCACCCGCUCUCUCUCUCUCUGUGUGUGGUUGCCGUGGCAACGGGUAGCACUCUGAGGCCUGGUGGUAAACAAACAGCCCGGCCUGGAGAAAGAUGGCGAAGGAAGGGGGCCGCGUGGUGCGGGAAGUGAAGGGACCCAAGCCGUUUUCGUACGCCGUACGGGCCACAUUUCCAAAGCCAAAUGUCCUUGGAAAGCAACUUCUUCUUUGGAGGGACGAAGAAAUAAAGCGCCAUGAAGCUGAGUUGCACGUAAAGGCCCAUCUUGUCGGCCGCCAGAUCAAUGAAAGGGAGGAACUGGAUGAACGCAAACGGCUCAAUCGUCUUGUCCAGAAGAGGGUUGAUGAGGAAAUGCAGGCCUACCUGACAGGGGAAGAGGAGAGGAGAGAGAGGCUCAGAAAUCUCCUGGAAGAAGAGGAAAAAGGUUACUUUGCUGAAAUAGAAUUACGAGAAGAAAACAUGGAGGACCGGCAGACCAAUAUGAGAGUAAGAGCAAAACAACUAAGAGAGAAGCGAGAGGAAGCUAGGCGGAAAGUUGUGGCAGAAAAAAAGGAGCAGCAGUUCAGAGAAACCUGUGAGCAGUUGCGGACACAGUUGAACAAGAGACACUUGUUGGAGGUGUGUGAAGACCGCCUGGCCCAGCUGGCCCUGAAAGAGGAACUAAAGAAGCAAAAAGAGCAGGAGGAGGCAAUCUUUGCAGCUCUCUGGGAAGAGGACAGAUUGGCCAAGGAGAAACGGGAAAUGCAGGAAGCCCAGAAAAGAUCCAGACGGGAUGGUGAAAUGAUUAAUAUCCUUAACACUCAGCGGGCUAUAGUAGAGGCUCAGAGGCAGGAGGAAAAACGUCUGAAGGAAGAAGAGGCUAAGCUGAUGGAAGAAGAACGGCAGCUCAUGAAACUAGAGGAUGAACGUGCUGAGAUAGAGAGACGGAGGAAAUUGAGAGAGUGUAGAGACAUGUUGCUGGAUUCCAUGAAAGAAAAGAGGAAGCGUCUCAAUGAAGAAAAGCAAGAGGAGCUGGCUUUAGAAAUGAAGAUUGUGGAUCAUGCCCUUCAAGCAUCCCUGGAGGACACUGAGAGCCAAAGGCAAAGGAAAAAAGAGCUCUUGAAAGAACAGCAGAUCUAUCAGGCAUACCUGGCUCAACAGAUGGAAGAGGAGAAGCAACGGGAAAAAGAAAUGGACAAGCUGCGGGCAGAGGAGAUAGCCAAGAUGUGGGCAAAGAGGGCUGCAAAGGAGAAGACAAUGAAAGCUGCCAGAGAUGCUUUACUGAAAGAGGUCAUGGAUACAAGGCGGCUUCAAAUUGAGGAGAAGAUGCAAAGAAAUGCCCGUGAACAAGAGAAACUUAUUCGGGACACGGAAUUGUUAAAUGCAGCCAUUCAAGAAUACAAGCGUCUAGAAGAGGAAAGAUAUGUAAGGUCUAUGCAGCAAGCAAAGAAAUAUCAGGAAGAACUCCAAGCUCAGAUCAAACACAACAAGCAGACCCGUGAAUCUGAAAAGGAGGAGGAGCACCAAGAAUAUACAAGAGCACUGGAAGCAGAAAGGCUUUUCCAGCAAAGGAUAGCAGAUGUCUUAUCAAGACCUUACAUGAGAAUGAAAAAUCUCCAUCCUUUACGGAGGCAUCUUGUCUGUAGUUCACAGUCUUAGUAUCAGUUUAAAUCUAGAUAUAUUGUAUUUAUAACUCACUGCAUUUAAAACUGUCACAUGGCUGAUCAAGCCUAUUUGGGAUAUGUUUAGUGACUGAUGGGAAGAUUAUUUCCUCAAAGGUUACAUGUGUUUUUUUCCACAUGGAAUGUGGUUAGACCUUUUAGAGUUUAAAUAAAGAAUAUGAAACUAA